GACAGCCCCAUUCUAAAGAGGCUCACCAGCCUCUUUACUGUCUCCUUGUCCCCUCUCCCCCCAGAAUGGGUGCUGGGAGGUCCCUCUGGGUGGUGGCUCUCCUAGUGAGCAUCAUGAGGCUGGCUUCCUUCAUGUCUGAAGGCAGAGACUCCCCAGAGGAUUUUGUGAUUCAGGCGAAGGCGGACUGUUACUUCACCAACGGGACAGACAAGGUGCGCUUCGUGGUCAGGUUCAUCUUCAACCUGGAGGAGUAUUUACAUUUCGAUAGUGACCUGGGGAUGUUUGUGGCGCUGACGGAGCUGGGGGAGCCUGAUGCUGAGCAGUGGAACAAACGCUGGGACCUCGUGGAGCAGAGCAGAGCAUCUGUGAACAUGGUCUGCAGGCAGAACUACAAGCUGGGGGCCCCCUUCACAGUGGGGAGGAAUGUGCCACCGGAGGUGACAGUGAGCCCAGAGAGGACCCCGCUGCUGCAGCAACACAACCUGCUGCUCUGCUCCGUGACAGGCUUCUAUCCCGGGGACAUAAGUGUUAGGUGGUUCCGGAACGGACAGGAGCAGAGGUCUGGGGUCAUGUCCACUGGCCUUGUUAGGAACGGAGACUGGACCUUCCAGAUGACCUUGACGCUGGAAAUGACCCCGGAGCUUGGUGACGUCUACAGCUGCCUCGUGGAGCACCCCAGCCUCCAGAGCCCUGUUUCUGUGGAGUGGGUGGCUCAGUCUGAAUAUUCGUGGAAAAAGAUACUGAGCGGAGGUGCAGCGUUCCUGAUUGGGCUAAUCGUCCUCCUGGUGGGGGUUGUUAUCCACGUCAAGGCUCGCAAAGCAUCCAUGCAGACCUGGUCAGGCAAUGAGGUCUCAAGAGCUUCUCUACCUCAUCUCCAGUAAGAUCCUAAUGGACGCUUCUCCCCCAGAGCUUGAAGGAAUGUUGAAAUCCAGGACCCUGGGGUGGGUAAAGAGUCAGAGAUGCGGCGUGUAUCUUCUUCCCCUUCGGUCCUUCUCCCUCCUGUCUGCACUCAGCAGUCCCCAUUUCCAGGACACUGUCCAGAGAUUCCCUUAGGACCUAAUUCAUUCCUGUCCCGAGUUGUUUAGUCUCUGUGGUCUGACUCUACCCCUGUGAGUGGGGACCCCAGUCUUUCUGUCUUCCAGCCAUAGCUUCCAGUCUUCCAGACGUUCACUUUAAAAUCCCUUGCAUUGUAAAAUAAAACAGGCAUAGAUAA